AUGUAUAUUCUGAGUGAAGAGUCGGACCGAAAGUGUCGUGAAUUGUGUGAAGAGAUGUCGGCUCUGAAGGCAAACAAUGAGUCCGAAGUGAAGGCAUUGAAAGCACAGCUCAACACAGCUAUCGAUUCAAUGCAUACAAUGACUGAAGAGAUCAAUGAUUUGAAACAAAGUGAAGAGAUGUCAGCUUUGAAAGCAUAUAAUGAAUGCAAAAUGAUGACAUUGAGGGCACAGAUCAGCACAUCUGGGGAUUCAAUGCAGACAAUGGCCGAAGAGAUCAAUGAUUUGAGACAAAUGUUGUCGACUUUAGAUAAUAGUAAUCAAAGAGUAGUCAGAGAUAUAAAGACAUUAUCCGAUAAUGUGAAGUAUGCAAGUGAAGAGUUUCCCGAUUUGAUGGUAUGGAAUGAGUUUGAUAUGAAGACACUUAAAACAGAGCUCAAGAUAGCCAAUGAUUCAAUGCAGACAAUAGUUGCAGAUAAUAAUGAUUUGAAACAGAAAUUGUGUGAAAUGUCGACAAAAAACAGUGAAUUGAGUGAAGAGUUGUCGGCAUUGAAGGCAUCCAAACAUAUCAUUGAAUCCGAUGUCAAACUAUUGGACAAAGAAAUCAAUGCACAGAAUAUUACGAGUGUUGAACAGGACUUGUCCUCAAACUCUUCAUCGAUCGGAUCCCACAAUCAAUUGACCACUAAUUCAGACAAAACCAGAGAUGAGAUCAAUAUUCAGGAGAUAUUCACUGAAAUUAGAGAUCAAAUCAAAGAUCAAAACAAAAUAACAAACAAUUUAUUGAAUGUAUUGUUGAGAGAGAAGGAGAAGCCGUUGACAGCACUCGAAGGCAUCAGACAAUCGGUCGAAGACUCUGAUGACAGCGAAUGCAUUGUAUUCAUAUGCAUAGCGUUUACGGCAUUUAUGGCCAGUUUGUCGCCGAUCUCUGGCGCCGACCCAACCGUUGACGUCAAGACCAGCUCCGGUACAGUGAGGGGACACACAAUACAAGUGCUCAGCAAACCUGUCAACGCCUUUAUUGGUAUACCAUAUGCUGAGCCACCGAUCGGGCCGUUAAGGUUUGCGAGGCCUAAACCACUGACCAAACCAUUGCCGGGUAUAAUUGAUGCGACCAAACCUAAAAACUCAUGCAUGACUGGCGGCACCGCUCAGAUGGGAGAGGACUGUCUAUUUGUGAACAUAUGGGCCCCGCAUAACACUACGGGUGCCCUAAAGCCAGUAAUGUAUUGGAUAUAUGGCGGUGGUCUCGGCUCCGGUAGCAUAUUCUCGGGCGCCAACGACGGCAAGGCUUUGGUUGCCGACGAUGUGGUCGUGGCAUCGGUUAACUACCGGCUCCGCACGUUUGGCUUUCUCUAUGGCGGGCCCGAUAGCGACGCGCCCGGGAAUAUGGGUUUCUAUGAUCAGGUGCUCGGCUUAAAAUGGGUAGUAGAUUGA